CCACCGGACUCAGUAUCGACGAUGCUUUAGUUGCGAUCUUUGGACUUUGCCUGCGCUUACCGCAAAUUUUUCCUUCUAAUCGGAACAUCCAUCAAACUUGAACGUCGUAUAAAAGCCGACGCCGGCUAAUCGAAAGCAGUUGGAAAACGACCGCGAACUUGAACAAUAUUGUUUAAUAAUUGUCGCGUGGCAUUCGUUUAAAUUUGUGAUUACGUGUUUCGGACCGGUUAAAGUGACGGUGCCUAGAAAAUCUGGGAAAGUUCAGAGCGUGAGGCAAGGAUAUUAUAACUUCGAACCAUGGCCCCUAACAUUUCCAUCCCAACUGGAGUUCUCCACGAAACCGAUGACGAAAUCUCUGCGAGAAACAUCCCUCAAGACAUCAGCAAACCCGACGAUCGCAAACUGAAGCUAGUUUGGCGAAACAUCAUUCUGUUUGCUUAUCUUCACUUAGCUGCGUUGUACGGAAUAUGGCUUAUGUUUACUUCUGCUAAACUAGUGACCAGUAUUGUUGCGAUUUUGCUGUACCAACUGGGAGGCUUUGGUAUCACCGCCGGCGCCCACCGCCUCUGGGCCCACCGCUCCUACAAAGCCAAGUGGCCCCUGCGUCUCAUCCUCACCAUCUGCAACACUCUCGCUUUUGAGGACUCCGUCAUCGACUGGGCGCGAGACCACCGAGUCCACCACAAGUUCAGCGAGACCGACGCCGACCCUCACAACGCCAAACGCGGCUUCUUCUUCUCGCACGUCGGGUGGUUGCUGUGCCGCAAGCACCCCCAGGUCCGGGAAAAGGGCAAGCAAAUCGACCUGUCGGACCUGUAUGCUGACCCGAUUUUGCGCUACCAGAAGAAGUACUACAAGAUCGUGAUGCCUCUGGUGUCCUUCGUGCUACCUACCGUCAUCCCGAUGUACUUCUGGGGUGAGACGUUCAAGAACGCCUUCUUCGUCAAUCUGUUCCGGUACUGCCUCACUCUCAACGCUACGUGGCUGGUGAACUCGGCGGCCCAUAUGUGGGGCGACAAACCCUAUGAUAAGUUCAUCAACCCGGCUGAGAAUCUGGCGGUGGCGGUGUUGGCGCUGGGUGAGGGCUGGCACAACUACCAUCACACGUUCCCGUGGGACUACAAGACGGCGGAGUUGGGGAAAUACAGCGUGAAUUUCUCGGCGGCGUUUAUCGACUUCUUUGCCAAGAUUGGGUGGGCGUAUGAUUUGAAGACGGUGUCGAAUGAGAUGGUGAAGAAGAGGGUGGAGAGGACGGGGGAUGGGUCCCACGAGAUUUGGGGGUGGGGGGAUAAGGAUCAGUCGAAGGAGGAUUAUGAAGAUGUUAUCAUUAAGUAUAGGAAGGACUUGUAAGUGAAGAAUUGAUUGUUCUUGGUUGUGGGGGUGACUUAUGAGACUGAUUACCUUUGUAAGUAAUUUAUUACCGAUUGUUGCAGUGAUUGAAUUGUUUUUGUAUAUUUAUAGGUAGGUCAUGUUUGAUAAUAACAUGUAAAGUAGGUUCUAGUUAUUCGUACUAAGUGGUAUAUGGGUUUUAGUACCGGUAACUAGAUACACAAUCAGGUGAUAUAGAUUUGUGAAUCUAUUAACAUAGAUAUUUUUUAACUUAAUUCGUUUGCUUAGACUUAAGUUUUUUAUAACAGUGUGACAGUGAAGCAUAUAAUUAAUAAACGAUGAAGUUCAACACUA